CUCGUUCGCCACACGUUCGCAGUCAUCAUCGAAUCCGAAAAGCGGCUGGGUUGUGUGACUGGACGGAGUUUUUAAGCUAUUUUGCAGCUUAAAAAAAGAACAAUCGCCUCGCUUGACGGGAAAAAAAAGUGUGUCAUCGGUCCGUGUCGCGUGUGUAUUUUGCAAUAAACCUUAAAGCAACCCCCUCCGGAGUGAAACUAAGGUGAGGAAAGGAUACUCGCUCUGCCGUCAAAAAGUGACCCAUCCCCGGGAUUGGGACGCGAAUCAUCAUCACUCGUUUGGAAGUUUUUCUCCGCAAAAGCCGCCCCCGGAAAGCAGUCAGAAGAAGAGAUACCUCUUAAGAUUGGGCUGAGAAGAUAGUGCACAAGAAAGAGAUAGCCUGUGGCUGUGUGUGACCGUAUACGAAAAAAAAGUGCUGAGUGUUCUGUUGGGUUACAUGUUUGGCCGAAAUUUGCUGGCCUUUCCGGUGUUCCCUUGGUGUCCCUGAGAUUGUUGGACCCACGCCUCGGUUCACGGGUUCCGGAUAGUUCCGGUAGUUCGGCUCGGAUAGUUGCGCUACACAUAGAACAAGAACGCAAACGACGACCGAAUUGAUGAGGAGAAGCUGAACGAGAUUCCAAAAUGAUUCUGCUCGAGAUCAAUAACCGGAUUGUGGAGGAAACCCUGACUGUCAAGUACAAGAAUGCUAUCGCUGGCAACAAAGCGGAAUCCAUCGAUGUCACUGUAGCGGACUUUGACGGUGUGUUAUUUCACAUUUCCAACAUCAACGGCGACAGAACCAAAGUGAGAACGAGCAUAUCGCUGAAGUUCUACAAACAGCUACAAGAGCACGGAGCGGACGAACUGCUGAAGCGAGAGUAUGGAGACCUGCUCAUCACACCAGAGGACGGCUACAACGUUUCGGUUCUGGUCGACCUGGAGCAGAUCCCCGACAACUGGGAGGAAAUUGUGCGAAAGAUCGGUCUACUGAAACGAAACUGCUUCGCGUCGGUGUUUGAAAAGUACUUCGACUUCCAGUCGCAGGGCGAAGGAGAAGGCGAAGGCCAGAAGCGGGCGGUGAUCAACUACCGAAAUGACGAGACGAUGUACGUGGAAGCAAAGUCAGACCGGGUGACGGUUGUGUUCAGUACGAUAUUCCGCGACGAGGACGACGUAGUGUUAGGCAAGGUAUUCAUGCAAGAACUGCGCGAAGGAAGGCGGGCAUCACACACGGCACCGCAGGUGCUCUUUUCCCACAGGGAACCUCCACUGGAGCUGGCCAACACCGGAGCACGGGUAGGGGAAAACAUCGGAUACGUUACGUUUGUUUUAUUUCCAAGGCAUACAUCAAAAGAAACACGUGAUAACACAAUUAAUCUAAUUCAUAUGUUCCGUGAUUACUUGCAUUAUCAUAUUAAGUGUUCGAAAGCGUACAUCCACUCGCGAAUGCGGGCAAAAACGUCGGAAUUCCUGAAGGUGCUAAACCGUGCUCGUCCCGAGCCGAAAAAUACAGAAAAGAAGACCAUUACCGGGCGAACAUUCAUCAGAAAGGAAUGAUUUUGGAACUCAUCGGACAUCUAGUUGUUAAAUGUGUAAGUAAAUAUUUACUAAAAUAAAGCUUGGUCGGAAUUGAGCCGGAACGCAUUGUACUUGAAUCGAGCUACACGAUGAAAUAAGUUGUGAACAGAUGGUAAAUAUUCGCAAUGGUACGGAGAUAUCGACAUUAGAAGUGUUUUUUUCCAAUAUUCAAAACCAUGUGGGUUAAUCAAGUGGAGUUAACUUGGACUGCUUUUUAGUAAUACACUUCAACUUCUUUUUACGACUGGCCUAAUCAAAUUAUGAGAAAAUUAUGUUGCAAAAGGUAUUAACGGAAUCUGUUCACCACUUAUCGAAAAAUGUGGUAAUGAGAGAGUAGACGGAUAUGCCGUAAAAAGAGGUUGAAGUGUACUUAGUUUCACUGCAGUAGUGCACUGAAAAAAGAUAUGUGGAAAGAUAAUGUUUUCUCAAAUAUUUGUUUUACUAUAUUUUCCAAUUAGACUUCACGUAUUUCGGAAUAAAGUAUCUGAUAAUGCGCACAUCUAAACAUUUAGGUUUUAUUCGAGUGCUUGCCACGCAAUUUUUGUGCAGAAAUUCCAUGUUUGUAUGUCACUAAUGGUUUUGCUUUAUCUGAAACAUAGGAUAUUCUUUGUUUGCUUCGUAACUUAUACCAUCAAUAAACCUGAUUCAAUUAUAAUCGUUCGUGUUCUUUUCUUAUAUCCAAGCUGUGAGAAGCAAGUAAAUGGAAAUCGAAUUGAAACAGCAGUGAUUUUGCGAAUCCAAUCACAGAUAUAUGAACUGGCGGAAAAGGGUUUCCCCUUUCCAUUGUGCAAAUAUUAUGAGUGUAAAUGUAAAUGUUAUGUGCAUGAAAGUAUCGCCAAGGAAAAUAGUGAUAAAAAGGAGCAUUCAAAUGAACGCGAGAUAAAACAUUUAGCCGGUAGCAGAACUCAAAAACUAUUCAUUUGGAAAACAAAAUCAUCAUAGAAAUAUUAGCAGUCAAAUUCCUUAAUCGUCGCUGCCAACAUCGAGUAAAACUAACCGUUACUGUAAAACUAACUAGAAUUAAUGCCAGAAGUCCAGCCGACUUCAAAUCGUUGUCCGCGGGUCAGCAUAUUACAGGUUCUAUUCCGGUUUCGUGCACCAGAAAUAUUAUGGUCUCAUGACAUGCUUAUAGUGAAUCCUUCUUCCCAUGUCCAUCCACCUUUUCCUAUAAUGUAGAAAACAGCUAUCCUAAACUUAUUACCACUUCAACAACAAUCCUACUUUACUUCGUGACAAAAAAUGCCUGUUAGUGUUUAUGCUAUUUAAUACUUAGCAACUUGUUUGUCAAAUGUUCAGCUUCUUGAAAUUUUGAAAUUCGUUCAAAGCUAAAUGUCUGAUAUAUAAAAUCCAUGUAUGACAAACAGGUUGCAAAGUGUAUAGCCAGGGUAACAAUUAAGUAGAAAAUCACUUCAUAAAAAAACCCUCUAAACACAUUAGGAAAAAGAUCGGAAGGCAGAUACAUCACAUAUUCCAACUUGAAAUCUUUCUCCUAUACUGCAAACUUAACGCUAACAACGCCAACCUUUCCUUAGAUGCAGAUACACCUAUUUGUUACACUUUUGGAAUGAUAGAUUGCCAAUGUAGUGGAAUAAAUAGAGGCCUGCCACCCAGCAGGUAAAAGAGGUAGGAAAAAUUAGUCUGAUUUAAAAACAAAAUGAGUGCAGGUGGGAAAAAUUACGGAAAUUAUUGAAGAGAGCAAGCGACGGUGGCACUACUAGGUAUUUCACGAAAGCUGUAUAAGACGCAUAACGAGCAAUAAAUAGAGCUCCUCUCCUCCUUCUCCAAUGACUGUACUAACCUAAGAAGUGCGCAAAAAUUAAUCCGGAAAAGUGUCGCACAAUUCGGAGAUUGUACCCGUCCCAGCAGGGAGUAACUAUACCGUAUGAUAAAAUGCACGAUCGUGCUUAACGGCAUGGAUGCUUGAACAAACGCCCCCAAAUGUAGUUUAAAACUUUUUAUCAAGAUCGAUAGCUCUAAGAAAUUGAAGCAAGCAAGAUAUACAACCAUACUAAACCAAUGUUGUUUAUGAGUAGUCAGUUAUAAUGUUUAUAAUAUGAAAGAGCAGAUAAAUCUGUAAAGUUGUAUUUUGAAACUGAGAAAAGAAAAGUCGAUUAGGUAGUAUUAGCAAUAGGUUUGAUGACCUCGAAAAGAAACGUCUUUUUUGUAUUAUAACAUCAGUCUAUGAGCAAAUGCAAAAUUUGCCUGAAAUUCUUGGAGAGACAACGGAGUGUAUGAUUCUACUCCCCCUAAUGCAUACAUUAACACGAAAACACGCUUAUCCCUAAAUAAGGAUAACAUUAUAAAAUUAAUAGUAACAGCAUGUUUGGUGAUUCAACAAUUUCUAUUUCUCUUCAUGACCAUUCAUAAUAAGUUAGAGAAAAAAUGCGUUUAUUUUAUGGGACAUUAAAUGAAAAGAAAAAAAAACAAUGAUCAAAACCGGUAUAGGGCAUAUAGUAAACCGUUAGAAUACACUAAUUCAAAGUGCGAACAAAUUCAGAAAACAGCAUGUUAAAUAGCGAUACGUUUCGAAACUAUAAAACGAUGGGGAAACAAAUUAAAUUUAAUAAAAGAAAUGUAAGAUACA